AUGACAUUUAAUGCAUAUGCAAAAUUCUACGCAACAAAAUCACGAAGCCAAAAAAAUGAUGAAUUUGCUUUCAUCAGUUAUAUGGAUGAACCUAAUAGUUUUAGUGUUGUAUCUAAAAAGAGAUUGGCUCAUGUUGAUACAUUUGGAAAAGGUACUAUUCGUGAAAGAAAUAAAACCUAUCGUAUUAUCGGUGAACGAACCGAUCUUGAUGAACAUAAAACAUAUACAACACUUACUGCUUGUUCAUUCGAUGAACCAGAUAAAAAUAUUAACUAUUCUCAAGUGUCAUCUGAUGACGAUAUUGGCGAGGAUUAUGAUCCCGAUGAAGCAAGUUGCGAUGAACAACUCGAGAAUCUUAAACCUGGCGAUCGUUCUUAUUCGAAAUCUAUUGAUAACCGUAAACUUAUUCAUAAAUCAAAGAAACGUUCAAUAUCAACUCUAUGUCGUGAUCCAUCAGCAAAAAGAUCUCGUAUCUCAUUAUCUUCAAGUAUUAAAGAAUUAAAUCAUAAUUUAAUUCAACUACGUAAACAAAUAGCUGGUCUUUCUCAAUCUGAUGAUAAACAACAAAAGGUACUAAACUCAAUUUCAACUGAUCAAAAGAGAAUCGCUAAAGCUAUGAGAGCUCAUAAGAUUCCAAUCGUGUUGUCGGAGGAAUCGGAAUCUCAGACAGCUACAUCAACUACGAACUCUGACAGUAUUAUUUUCAAAUUUCCAACCGGUGAAGAGGUUGAUCUUCUUAAAAUUUCUGCCAACAAAACCAAUCCAAACAAAUUUGUGUUGAAGGCAAUCGAUCAACUUUUCAAAGAAGAAAAACAAUUAAUUGAUAUUGAUUCACGUGACAUAGAUACAGAUAGUCGUGUUACGAUUAUUCGAGAUGCUGUUCAAGCAAAGUUCGGCUUGACAGCCGAAGAACUAGCAACUGUCUGGGGACCAAUGCUUGAAUGCAUCAAGUCAAAAAGAAGAAAUUUAAAGGCAAAGAUCCGAAAAAAUAUCAUUCAACGUGAUAAUAAUAAUCUUCUUAAUAACGUUCAACAUCAAUCAACAAAUUCGUAUUUAUCAACACAACAUAAUCCUAAUACGUAA